AGAGAAGUCGGGUGGUAUCUUCGAGACGUUUUAUGUAGCCACGAGUGCAUUAAAACUUGGGGCUCAAGUAAAGCCUCAGAGGCUAAAACGACGCGUAGAAUGUCCAUUGGAGCGUACAUGAAUCCCCAACUUUAUGCGGUCAACUGUCAAAAUUACCCCUUCAAAUCUGUUAAAUUUGCGCGCCUGCCACUUGAAAUCUCAUCCUCGAAACCCUUGAGAGUGUCUCUUGGUUUAUCUUCGCUGGCCGUAUCCAUGGAGUCUCCUCCGGCAGGUUAUAGAAAGAAUGUUGGAAUUUGUCUCGUCAAUCCAUCUAAAAAGAUUUUUACAGCGUCCAGGAUAAAUAUUCCAGACACUUGGCAAAUGCCUCAGGGUGGUGCGGAUGAGGGUGAAGAUCUUAGAAAUGCAGCAAUGAGAGAAUUGAGAGAAGAAACUGGAGUUACUUCAGCAGAAUUUCUUGCAGAGGCACCCUACUGGCUGACUUACGAUUUCCCCCUUAAAAUCAAAGAUAGGCUUAAUCGUCGGUGGGGGACAAACUACAAAGGCCAAGCACAGAAGUGGUUCCUAUUUAAGUUCACCGGAGAGGAGGAAGAGAUCAACCUGUUGGGCGAUGGGUCUGAAAAGCCAGAGUUUAAGGAGUGGUCAUGGAUGUUACCAGAACAAGUGCUUGAUCUUGCUGUGGAUUUCAAGAAACCUGUAUACCAACAGGUUCUGAAAGUAUUUGGUCCCUAUUUUCUACGGGAUAUGGAUGACGGUAAGUCUUCUGUUGGAUCUUCUGUUGGAAAUGAAUCGAAAAAUGGCAAGGUGCAAGGAAUUUCGAAAGAAGAGUAACUUCCGGGCAUAGUUGUCAGUAUACAUUUUUUUUCUUAGAAAAGAACACAUGAGAUCCCAUUUCUUUUUGUAGAUGAUUGAGGUGAGGGAAUGAAUGAAUGGGGGAAGUUUCCUAUCAUAUGCAAUUGAGUUAAAUUUCUAAAAGGGAAAUUUUAUGCUGUGUAUCUUUUGAAGUAACACAGAAAUAUAAGUAUGAAAAUAAAUUACUGUUGUAA